AUGUCUGCUGCUAACACUAACAUCAAGGGUUUGUUUCGUCAAGUCAAGCCGUACGAACAUGCGGAGGAGCACGAGGAAGCCGACCAGCGCUUCCAUAAAGGUCUCGAGCGGGUUGAGCACUACGUCCGAAGUGCUAUCGACGCAGCCGACUUGAUCCCCGAAAACAAGGAGAUUGAGAAGAUCGACAAGAACAACGUCAGCUCGAUCGUCAAGGUUGUAACGAGGAUCGUCGCGGCAAACUCCAACGCGAUGGCCCAAGUUCAGGGUGGAUUGGCCGGCGUUUCGCACCUGUUUGAGGAGAUUGGUGAGGUCGCCCAGGAGAACGUCCAGUUGCGUGCAAGAGUGGAGACUUUGGAAGACGAAGUCCAAGCCCUGCAAGAACAGGUCGCAAACCCCCUCGUUGGGGACAUGAACGCUGCAGGUGUUCUCCAACUCAUCACCGGCAACCCCGAGUUUGCCGCUUUGGUCUCCGGUAUCGCUCGAGACGCCAUGGGUGUCCAUCCGGGUGCCCUUCCGCCCCCAAUCGAGGGAGCUAUGCCCGAGGCUGGGCCCUCAUCGCCUACGAAAGCGACCAAGGGUCGCAACAACAUCCUCCACGCCCAUGUUCACCACCACGUUCGACGUUUGAUCGGUAUGCAGUCGAAGCUGUUCCCGGGGUCAAUGGACACCGUGAACACCGGAUUGGAGGCCGUUAUAUACCCGAAGCCUCGAGUGAACGGUCAGAAGACCAUUAAACUCACGCUACCGAACGGCGUUCGUCAAACGUUCUUUCGACCGAACUGGAGGAAGGUCAAGAACAAUCCUGAAUGGGACGAUUUCGUUAGGAACGUUCAGGAUUCGGUCAUUGCAGGCUGGAACGAUUACCGAGGCGAUCCCCCCAAGGAGGUGCCCGAUCGUGCCCAGAUUUCGGUCAGUUUGUUCAAGUUCUGCAACACGAUCGCCGGUAAAGCGGGAGAGGGGAAAGCCACCUGCAUGGACGGUGGGAAAGACAGGGUGGGCUGGUCGAACAAGAAGGCCCGUGCGACCCUGGCCAGCCGGAAGACAAUCUGGACCUCUUCCCUGGUCAAUCAGUCCCGAAAGAGGGUCAUUUGGAAGCUGCUUUCGCAGCCUUGUUGCGCGCCGGUCUACUUCCCGAACGACCCGUACACGGAGAUGCGGUACCCGAAGCUAGACCCCUGCAAUGUGGAGACAAACGACCCCGCUGACGCCCUGUAUUUGGGUGCUUGGGAGGCCUACGGUCGCCACCACAUGGUCUCGGAGGGCGUCGCCAACGAGAAGAUCUCGGGGGCGAUCGAGAAGUGCUAUCCCAGUUGGAUGUCCGACGAGGCCGUCUUCGCCUCUGCUGCUCUUGACGCGGCGUACGGGUUGACCAUCACCCAGGCCCAAUGGCAACAGCGAUGGUGCGGGCCGAGGUCUUACUGGCCCCUAACGCAGCUCAAGACUGCCCAGUUGGCCCCCCCUUCGGCCCAGGAUGCCAACGUCCCCGAUCGCUCGGACAAAAAGCUGUGGGUGAUCUACCGAUCGAUGGUCAGGCCAGACGUUCUGGAGGCAAUCGAUGCGAACGACGCCUCGCUUGCUGCCCGGUUGUACCCCGAUCCGCCUCUCUCGGUCAACGACGCCGCGAUGGACGACCUGCCGACCGUCAUCGCCAAGCCCAGCAACAUCACCACGGCUACUGCGAUGCGGCCCAUGUUGCCCCCGGUUGGUCCCGCUUUGACCAAGGAACAGCUGCGAGAGAAGGCGCUCGAGUAUCUCGCUCAGGAUCACGGUAUCGUCGAGCACAUCGAGGAGGAGGAGGACGACGACAUGCAAGUCGACGCCGCGUAA